GUUUCCGUAUCCGUUGCCAAGUCUCGGCUCAGCCAACCCCAACAACAACAACAGACAUGUCGAAGGGAACGUCGAUCAAGGAGGCCAUCAAGCAAUGGGAGGAGAAAGAGGGCACGCCCGUGGCAGAUGCAACCGUGGUGAAGCUGCUGGGCAAGAUUCCGCCCAUUGAGAAGAUGGACGCUGCCCUCUCUGCCUUGUCACACGUCCAGCAGCUAUCGCUGUCGACAAACUGCAUCGAGAAGAUUGCCAACCUCAACGGCUUCAACAACUUGCGCAUCCUGUCUCUGGGCCGCAACAACAUCAAAAGCUUGGCCGGCCUGGAGCCUGUGAGCAAAACGCUGGAGGAGUUGUGGAUUUCAUACAACAACAUUGAAAAGCUCAAGGGCAUCGAAGUGCUGAGCAAUCUCAAGGUGCUGUACAUCUCAAACAACAAGAUUGCAGACUGGAAGCAGUUUGACCUGCUGGCGAAACUGCCGAGUCUUGAGAGCCUCGUGAUGACGGGAAAUCCGCUGCAGGAGAAGCACAUGGAGGCCGGAGACUGGGCAGAGCAAGUUGCACAGCGGCUGCCGUCGCUGAAGAAGCUCGAUGGUGUACCUGUUGUUCGGGACGAGUGAUCGGCUGUGGGUGGUGUGCGCAACAUGUUGCGCGCGUUUGGCGUUGUGAAUGACCAUGAAAGCGCGCGCGCGUGUGUGUGCACGUGUGUGUGGGUUCAUCGUGUGUUGUGUUUGUUCAACACAUGUGUUCGGGUGUGUUACGUGCCAAUAUCUGAGCGAGAGUGUUGUGGGUGGGCGGGGAGUGUGGCGGUGGUGCCUCUUUCAACAUUACACGAUAACAAUCACA